GGUACUGGUGAUUGACUCCUGUCGUCCGCUCAGAUGCAAAACAGACCAGACAGACCCUUGGUCGUAAAAUGCUCCUUCGACAGACGCAGCAAACGAAUCUCGUUCCAAUCUGCACGCCAUUGCUCUUAUGAGGUCCUCAGAAGAAAGGUCGAACUAUGCUUUUCGUUCCAUGCAAUGUCCUUCAUGAUCACCUACAAGGAUGACGAUGGAGAAGUCACGGACAUUGCUUCCGACACAGAUCUCACAGAGGCCAUCCUCUACUUUCAGGCCGGCACAGACGAUCCUCCACUCUCCUCGGCCGCUUCCAUUCUCUCAGGUAGGAGCUUCAGAGGUCGCGACAUCAUCCUACGCGUUCAGGUCACUGUCGACUACGAUGGUCCAAGCUUGUCCGAUACCUCAUCCCUCGCCAGCAUCGAGGAAUACCGCGCCAAGAACACUGGCAGCGAAGCCUCAUUUUCCUUUGGCGCGCCCACAGAAGCAGACCUCGAUGACGAUGCAGUCACCGUCAGCUCAAAAGAUACGGGCGGUCGCCGCGCUCAGCGCAAUGGCCAUGUAAAUCACCUUCCUCGGCAUAUUGAGGACGAGAACUGGGACGACGAAAGCAUGGGUGACAGCCUCUCUCUCACUCCGAACCACAAUCUCGAGAUGUCAGAUACACCUCCGAUAACCACCAACGGCAACCACGAUGAAGGCCCCUUCUCUGAUCGCUACCAGUACUCCGAGGCCGACGAUUACAACGAAGAUCGCAACGGUGUCUUCAAGCGACUGAAGCUCGAAGAGCAGGUCGAUAAUUCACAUCCGCCAAACGACCGCGGCGUUGCUUGGCUUCGUGACCAAAACGCACGUGCAAUUAAGUACAAGCUCGGCGCUUCUCCAGAGCCCUCCGAGUCGGACGGCCUCUCACUGUCGAAUGGACAAGAUGGCAUGAGCGGCGACCUCGCGCUUGAACGAGAUACCAGAGGGAAAUACUAUUACACCUACACAUCAUCCGGCGGAUCGCAAAUUCAGGAGGCAGGCAAUGAUGAUGGUCUUCAGGAGUUGGGCAAUGACGAUGCUCUGAGUAUGCACAUGCAGGCCGAAGAGCCUGCUAUGGACCCUACGCCGCGACCUAAUUCCAUGCAGCUUACCUGGCUUGCUUCCCAGCAGAAGGUGGCUGGCGCGUCUAGUGCUCCCGCUCAGAGCAGCUCACACGCAGAGCAAAGUCGUCCUCCUGUCCGAACAUCAAUCUCCGAACCUAUACCCGAGAUUGACUACUCGCAAGUGUCACCUGACAUCCCUCCAGAGGUCCUGCAAUUUCUCCCUGUCGAGCCACCUUCGUCCGACCUAAUUACCGACUGCUCCGAGUGUGGUGUCCUGCUUGAUGCUAUCCGAUACGUCUGCUCGACCUGUGGCGAGAAGAGACCUGCUAUCGAAGCGCGAUUAGCCGCUCGAACGAACUCGAUCAAGGGCAAAGCUCGCGAACUUUCCGAGUUCAACUUCUACGUCAAUGGCAACUCCACUUAUCCUCCAUCUUCUCACAGAACUCCCGCCUCUUCGUCGCCCACCUUGCCUGGUCCCGGGUCUACGGGCUCGUCAGCGUAUCACCGGUAUGGUCAGCGUCAUCCUAAGCCCUUACCGUCUCUGCCUCCCACUGCAUCGGCCACCAGUCUGACUCUUCGAAACGACGGUCCACAUCUGUCUGUUGAGAGUGGCUACGAGCUCUGCUCUGGAUGCUUGGAAGCAGCAGGUGUGAUCCAUGGCCUGCAAAUGAGCCAAGCGCAGAAUGGCGACAUUCUCAACGGUUCACCGACCUCGCCUCAGGAUCUAUCUCAGUGGCGCCGGACCGCACCCCGUCAGAAGGGCCAAUUUAGGCAUGCAUACAUCGAGAUGGUCUGGGGCCACAUGGGUUGGGACGACGUUGAGCAAACUGACACCCAAAGCUCGAAAUGCUCCACCUGCAACUCAGCGCUCGUCAACAAACACUACAAAUGCGCUUCCUGUCAGAAGUUUAAUCUCUGCCUCGCAUGCUAUAGCCAAGUGCACGACAUCCACCCCUCACACGCGUUCCUCGUGGUGCAGGAUAGACCCAGCCGGUCGCGGAGUGAACCGGACUUUAGUCAGUCCGCAGCAGCACGGGAGGGCGUUGAUGAACCUUCACUGAAGCACCCUGGGGUCAAGUGCGCACACUGCUUGCAGGAUAUCGUUGGCGCCCGAUUCCACUGCGCGAUAUGUGACUCGGUCGACAUCUGCGCCAACUGUGAAUCGGCAGGCCUACCAGGCAACCUCGACUCGAGCGAUGGCGGGCACACUACGUCGCAUAUUAUGAUCAAGAUCCCUUAUCCACUAGAGACAGACGAAGUGCAAAUAGCCAGUCGAAGAGCGUUCCACCUGUGGACAGGACGCGACGCUGCACACGUCAUGUCGUCUUCGCUGCGGUCAAAACCAAGUUCGAUUUACUCGUCAUAUGCUCAGACAGUCAUCGGCCCGCGGUCUUCAAAGUCGGAGGAACCCGUACUGGAUCAUCAUACAUCAUGUAAUGGGUGUCACAAGAAUAUCGUGGGCGACAGGUACCAGUGCGCCACUUGUUCGAGCUCCCCAACAGCGUACAACUUGUGUGCUGGCUGCGAGAAGCGGUCCUAUGCUCUCCACGAUCCCAUGCACGCCUUCUUCAAGCUCCCCAGGCCAGUUGCGAGAGCAUUGCAGUCCGCGACUGGCUUCCUUCCCAAGCUCUACAAGACACCUGCUGGCCCUCCCCAAGGUGCCUCGGAUAUCGGUGAUCCGGAAGACUACCUGAACUUCCUGAUCCAUUCUACGGCAUGGUGCGACCGGUGCAUGGAACCCAUACACGGCGCCUGGUACCGCUGCGCCUACUGUGCCAAGGACCUCUGUGGCGACUGCCAGGCGCUCGACACACACGAUACCUCACACGUGUUUGUCGUCUUCAAGGCGCCCGUGGACAUUGCACCCUUCCGACAAAUUGCUAACCUGGAAAACCCGAACGAGAGUCCGCCCAUUAUCCCUUAUGCUGUCUAUGGCUAAUCUGACGCUGCUUUGGAUGUUUAUGUUGUCAAUCCAUCUGUUAUGACACCAUGUCACCUUAUGUUCGUUGCUUUCGCUCUCGAUCCAAGUAAAUGUAGAUACCGGCUUGCAUAGUAUCAUAUCUCAGCGCAUCACACAGACGUUGUUAAUUUAAUUGUACAUCAUAGCAGUGCAAUAUUGGAGGAACAUUCGAGAAACAUGUGUUGGUACCAUUGGGCACACAACGUCCACGGGCGGCUAGCCUUUCUUGAAGCCAAGCCUGCGCCGCUCGUAAAACAAGUCUGUUCUGCUCGCGCCGAGAUUGACAAUCUUUGGGCACCCGUCUCUGUCCUUUUCCAGCCUCGUGCAUUCAGCGCAGUAGUACGCGUCCGAGAUACCAGGAGAGCCACAGAUGAUGCACCUCCCUCCAUAUGUCCCAAAAUUACACUCGUCGCAGAUGCGGACUAGCGUUUCUGGCCUGACGUAUGAGUCGCAUACCGGGCACUUUCCGUCGCACUUCUCACAUAGACGGCCAAUCGCAAUGCCAGGCUGGCGCCUGCACAUGAUCAAAUCGGGAUGAUGCUUCGACAUCCUGAGACAAGUCGAGCGUUCGCGUGGUGGUGGUGGACGAGGUCAA